AUGGCCUUGUCGAGAUUGCGUUCGCUCCCGAUUCCAACUGUGAACCGACUAUCAGCACGCUACUUUCACGACUGCUCUGUUAGUGACACACAUCCUGUUCGACUUUUACUUUUAGGUAGUCCUGGCUCAGGCAAGGGCACUCAAUCAAACAGAUUGAAGGCAAACUUUGGUGUCACCCACCUGUCUAGUGGCGAUUUGCUGAGAAGGAACAUCAACCAAAAGACACCAGCAGGGCUAAAAGCUGGUGAAUACGUGGCUAAUGGUCAGCUAGUGCCUGAUGAAGUUAUGCUAUCAUUGAUUGAUACUGAAUUGGAGCACUUGGGUAAUCCGAACUGGUUACUCGAUGGAUUCCCACGGUCCCUUCUACAAGCCAAGACGUUGGACACGAUGUUGCAGCGAUUAAACCAACCGCUAAAUCUCGUUAUCAACUUGGAGGUGCCAGAAGAAGUGAUUCUUGAACGCAUCAUGGAUCGUUGGGUACACGUUCCUUCUGGACGCGUUUACAACCUUUCAUACAACCCUCCAAGGACACCAGGAAUUGAUGAUAUUACAGGCGAACCUCUCUCAAAGCGACCUGAUGAUACCCCUGAAGUAUUUCGGGUACGCAUGCAGCAGUACAAAACAAUGGCUGCCCCUCUUCUGGAUCAUUAUAGUGAUAUAGCAAAGACAAUUUCUGGAAGAACGAGCGAUGAGAUCUACCCUCAAAUUGAACGAGAGAUUGUCAACCGGCUUGGUGUUGUACCGGGCUCGCUUCGUGUACGUUCUACAAGCUCGAUGGCUGCCGCAGCUGUAUCCCGCCAUAAGCGUGAUCAACAACGAAAACUAUCUAUCCACCAACAGCAACAGCAUCAAGUUGAAAGAGAGCCAUUAGCAGCGACUUACUCACAAUAA